AUGUGGCUAUGGGUGCGGCCUCAGCGGUCCACGAGGUCAAAGACUCCUGAUGACCUCGUACCAGGAGACAACUUCGCCAAGUCUCUGCCGAGGCUUGACCUUGCACCGAUGUCCUCGACCUUAGCAUUUAGUACAGCAAACAACAAUGGACCAGCAUUUAGUACAGCAAACAACAAUGAACCACCAUUUAGUACAGCAACCAACAUUGGACCAGCAUUUACCACAGCAACCAACAAUGGACCAGCAUUUAGUACAGCAACCAACAAUGGACCAGCAUUUACCACAGCAACCAACAAUGAACCAGCAUUUACUACAGCAAACAACAAUGGACCAGCAUUUAGUACAGCAAACAACAAUGAACCACCAUUUAGUACAGCAACCAACAAUGGACCAGCAUUUACCACAGCAUUCAACAAUGGACCAGCAUUUAGUACAGCAACCAACAAUGGACCAGAUUUUAGCACAGCAACCAACAAUGGACCAGCAUUUAGUACAGCAACCAACAAUGGACCAGCAUUUAGUACAGCGACCAAAAAUGGACCAGUAUUUAGUACAGCAAACAACAAUGGACCAGCAUUUAGUACAGCAAACAACAAUGGACCAGCAUUUAGUACAGCAACCAACAAUGGACCAGCAUUUAGUACAGCAAACAACAAUGGACCAGCAUUUAGUACAGCAAACAACAAUGGACCAGCAUUUAGUACAGCAAACAACAAUUAA